UCUAAUAGGGCCUCAGGUAAUUAUCCUAGUUUCUUCAUUCUUGUACCUUCCAGCCGGCCCUGGUUUUCUGCUCUCAGGAUGGAUUAGAAAUUUCAAGUUGACAUGUGAUUAGAAUGUAUCUGAAAAAGAACCAGCAUAUAAAAACAUAUAAAUCUCAUAUUCCCUCCCCUUCAAGUGAAAGUUGGCCAAAUAUUUUUAAAAAAGUGAAAUAGGGAACUAACCCAAAAGUAUACUUUCAGACCUCUCUGGGAGCCAUUUCUACAGUUCAACUCCUUUACAAAAUUCUUUUGCUACCACAUGCUCACUUGGGGGUCCUUAAAUUCAAGACUGAGGAAACUGGGUUUCAUUGAUUCUUGGACUGUAAAAGUAAGUGGAAAACAGAAUAAAAUAAUUUCAUCUGUAAUGGAAAUCUGUUUAUCAGUUGCAUCCUUGAGUAUUCAUGAUGCUGAGGAUGGCCAUGAAAAUGCAAUAUUCAUCCAAGGAAAUAAUGUUUCUAAUGGUCUUGGUUCUCUUUACUCUAAGCAAGGUAGCAAAGGACUAAACCAAGAUGCAGCUAAUCUUUACCAGGGUUAUGGAGUGGAUGAUGGAGCUCUGUGUGGUGUUUUUGAUGGGCAUGGGAAGAAUGGUCAAGUAGUGAGCGAGCUUGUAUGUAACCAGCUGCCUUCACUCUUACUUAGCCUAAAGAAUGCUCUCUCAAAGGUUAAUUUUUAUAUGUGGAAAGGGGCUUGUAUCAGUGUCUUCGAGUUGAUGGAUAAGGAUAUAGAGCUUCAAGAGAUUUUGGACUGCUCUUUUAGUGGAACCACUGCUGUUGUUGCCAUAAGACAAGGAAAAGAGACUAAGCACAUAUGAACAAGUUAUUUUUGGUUUGUUUUGUAUUUAAAUUGAUUUGGAGAAGUAAUUUAUCUUUAUUUUUCUAUGUUUUGUUUUGGAUGAUUGAAAUUUUAAGCAAGGCCAAGAUCUUGUUAUAGCUAACCUUGGGGACUCGAGGGCUGUUUUGGGGAAACUUACCAAGAAUGGGGUUGAGACUAUUCAGUUAACCAAAGACUUGCCUGGCUGUUUUGGCUUCCGGGAAGCCAGGCUUGCCUUGUAAGAGCUUAUUUCCUUAUGUUGGUACCUGUCAUUUUCAUCCACCUUGUUACUACUAAAUUCCCUUAUUUCAAGUGGAUUCCCACAUUAGUGAAUGACCAAUUUCCAUUUUGAUAUAGUUGAAGCAGAAAGAAUAAGGAACUGCAAUGGUCGGGUGGCUGCACUAAACCAUGAACCGCACGUCCAACGGGUAUGGCUGCCCCAUGAGGACACUCAGGGCCUUGCCAUGUCAUGAGCUUUCGGAGACUUCAUACUCAAAGACCAUAUCAUUGCCAUCUCGGAAAUCAAGUAUCACCGCCUAACUUCCGACGACCAAUUCAUAAUUCUUGCAACUGAUGGGGUAAAGGCCAUACGAAUGAAAUGUUCCUUUUUACAUAUUCAAAAA